AAAACGCAUUUGUCAGUUGAACUCUGAAUUUUAGAGUCCGCAUGUUAUUGAAAGGCGCAGUAAGCAAACUUUAUAGAUUGUCUGCAUGGUACAGAACGUUAGAUUGUAGUAAAGUCUAUUUUUGAUAUUGACCAUUAGGGACCGCUGAUGCUUCACAUAUCCAAACAGUAUCCAUCACAAGAUGCUACAGCUUUCCACGUGUUUGGGCGCGUUAUGAGUGGUACAAUUUAUGCCGGUCAGCAAGCUAGGAUUCUCGGCGAGAAUUACACCAUAGAAGACGAAGAAGAUUCGCGGGUUGGAACGGUUGGCAGACUGUGGAUUGCCGAAGCAAGGUACAACAUAGAAGUCAGCCGCGUGCCGGCUGGAAACUGGGUACUAAUCGAAGGAAUCGACGAACCCAUUGUAAAGACAUCAACCAUCACUCAAGUGCAAGGCAAUGACGAGGCGUACAUCUUCAGACCUUUAAAGUUCAACACGUGUUCAGCUAUCAAGAUCGCUGUUGAGCCUCACAAUCCUUCCGAGCUUCCUAAAAUGUUGGAUGGUCUGAGGAAGGUCAACAAGAGCUAUCCCUUGCUUACUACAAAGGUUGAAGAGUCCGGAGAACACGUGAUCCUGGGUACAGGAGAGCUGUAUUUAGACUGUGUCCUGCACGAUUUGAGAAAGAUGUACUCCGAGAUAGAUAUCAAGGUCGCUGAUCCUGUUGUGGCGUUCUGUGAAACAGUGGUGGAGACUUCAUCCUUAAAAUGCUUCGCAGAAACACCAAAUAAGAAGAACAAGGUCACCAUGAUAGCUGAACCUUUGGAGAAAGGCUUAGCUGAGGACAUAGAGAAUGAAAAAGUGUUGAUUACUUGGAACAAAAAGAAGCUGGGAGAAUUCUUUCAAACCAAAUACGACUGGGAUUUGCUGGCUGCACGCUCAAUCUGGGCCUUUGGACCUGAUAACUCAGGACCUAAUAUUCUGGUGGAUGAUACGCUGCCGUCAGAGGUGGACAAGAGUUUGCUUAACACUGUCAAAGACUCCAUUAUUCAAGGUUUCCAAUGGGCGACGAGAGAGGGACCGCUUUGUGACGAACCCAUAAGAAAUGUGAAGUUCAAGAUCUUGGAUGCGGUGAUUGCUGGAGAGCCAAUCCACAGAGGGGGAGGACAAAUCAUUCCAACAGCCCGACGAGUGGCAUACUCAGCUUUUCUGAUGGCCACUCCCCGUCUGAUGGAGCCGUAUUUCUUCGUGGAGGUCCAGGCCCCCGCUGAUUGCGUGUCCUCGGUCUACACGGUGCUUGCUCGCCGAAGAGGUCAUGUCACUCAAGAUGCGCCAGUUCCAGGCUCACCGCUGUACACCGUCAAAGCUUUCAUUCCCGCUAUCGACUCGUUUGGAUUUGAAACUGAUCUGAGAACACACACUCAAGGACAAGCUUUCUGUCUCUCGGUGUUUCAUCACUGGCAGAUUGUCCCUGGUGAUCCGCUGGACAAAAGCAUCAACAUUCGUCCAUUAGAACCACAGCCGGCCACGCAUCUUGCCAGAGAAUUCAUGAUCAAAACAAGGAGAAGGAAGGGUCUGAGCGAGGAUGUCAGCAUCAACAAAUUCUUCGACGAUCCUAUGUUGUUAGAGUUGGCGCGUCAAGAUGUCAUGUUCAACUAUCCAAUGUGAUCUAUAUGUAUUCAUCAGCCUGAAGUUCUCUUAGAAUAACAGGAUAACAACUCCGACAUUUUGAUUAACAAGCCUGAAACGGAUUAUGUGUGUUGGUACAGUACUGCAAUGAGCUCCUCAGACAGGUUGCUUAGUAACAACGAAUCGUCACGGCGACAAGCUGACGUGACAUUUUUUCUGUCUUGCUCUUAGUAUUUUAGUAAUUUUUCAACACCAAUCGGACAACAUUGCAACAUCAUAAGAGCUGUCACCUUGUCUGAACAAAUCUCCAUAGAAAGACCGAAUUUGCACUGUAGAAACUAGCAAAUAAUCUUGGUAGAGAUCGUCUACGUUGGCAGGUCGCUUCUUUGGCUUGUCACGCAACCUUUAAGGAGGAGGGAUUACAUAGCGAGCAAAACGGUGUCCGCCUUGCUUU